UACUACUAACUUGCUUUUUGGGUGCAACAAAACAAAAAAAAAAAACAAAAAAAGAGAGUUAGAGAUAGAGAGAGAGAAAAAGAGCUCACAACAAGAACACAACACCACCCACAAAGCCUUCUCCUUUAUUUUUUCCCAAGUCCGUGUAACCAAAAACAAAAAAAAAAGAUUACUCUCUUAAUAUCUGGGUUUAUACUACAGUCCUUCUUUGGUGCAAAGAUCCCAAAAAACAAAAUCGAAAGAUUUGAAGAGAGAAAGAGCAGAAAAGAAAAGAAGGAAGAAUCUUUUUGCUAUAUCUCCCGAUGAGGAUCCGGAAACGACAAGUGCCUCUUCCUCUUGCGUCUCUAUUACCAGUUCCUCUAUCAGAUCUCUACUUUAACCGCUCACCGACGGCCACCGCGAGAUACUUUCGCGGUGGUUAUAGAGACGGAGGUGAAGGUUUUGGUUCUCUUCACCUUUCGCUUCCGCCGCCGUCUCCGAUUUCUGAUCGGCUGAUUCAAAGAGAUUUGAUGAAGAAGAAGGAGGUCGAGGCUUUGGAUGAUAAUGGUCGUGAUGGUGAUGUAGAGGUGAUGAGUCGUACUGAUGCAUCGGGCAGCAAGAAUGCUAAUCUCCGAGGAGAGUCCGACUCUUCAACACAAGUUGUCGAGAAGAACGAAAAGGUUGCGUCUUUGAGGAAGAGAAGAGGCUUUAUAAACUUUGAGGAUUACGAAGAUGAGGAAGAUGAAGAAGCUAGUGGCGGUGGAGGCGGUAAUAAAGGGAAAAAGAAAGGGAAAAAGAAUGGUGGUGCGUUAGAGGAAGGAUCACGGUGCAGCCGCGUUAACGGUAGAGGAUGGAGAUGUUGUCAGCAAACGCUUGUUGGUUAUUCUCUUUGUGAGCAUCAUCUCGGUAAAGGAAGAGUAAGAAGCAUGAACAAGAGUGGUGGUGGUCGUGGCGGCGAGAAAAAAGCAGUGGUGGUGGAAGUGAAGAAGAAGAGAGUGAAGCUUGGGAUGGUAAAGGCACGUUCAAUAAGUAGUUUGCUUGGACAAACCAGCUCUAGUGGUGGUAGUGGUGAUGUUGAGGGUGAGAUAAGUGCACCUGCUGAUCAGUUUGCUGCAUGUGAUAAGUAAGUCUGUUGAUCAGCAUUUGCAUGUAUAUGUUUAUGUACAUUGUACAUGAUGAUAAUGAACAUAGCUCUAUGUAUUGGGUGUGUGAACAUGUGUGUGUAGAUGGAUUGAAGACUUAAUUGGCGUUUGCUGCUCUUGCAUCUUAUAUAUUGGUGGAUGUUUUCUAGUUU